CCACUGCACGUCGACGGGAAAAAUAUAUCCUCAGUCGUGGCAAACACAUAAAUACGCAGACACGCCCCAUCUCGGUCCUCACUUUCCACACCUCCGUCACCAUGGCCAUCUUCUCCUCUGCUCUCCUCCUCCGAACCCACAGCCUCACACUCCUGACCAUUUCUUUCUACUUGAUCUUUUCGCCCUCCCAAGUAUUCAACUCGACCCCGGUAUGGCUUCUAGGCGAGGCCGUGAGAGUGCGUUCGGCAGCAUUUGCUUCCGAGGACGGUUUGUCCGACUCACCAUUGGCUCCACCCAUUAUGCCUGGAGCACGACAGAGAAAUGCUGGCCCGGGAGCAUUUGAGCCACCUCGCCUGGCAGGUGCAGCAGCGACAUCACCUCUGACCUCGCCAGUCGACCAAGGCACUCGAGAAUUGUGCGCCCUCCUCGCUCUGCUGAUGACCGUGUACGCCGUCAUGCAGUUCAUUUUCGCUGGGGACCUUACCUUGCUUCCGUCAAAUCCAUCCACCUCCACGAACCAUUCCUCUAAAACAUUGAAGCCGACCUCUACAUCUCUCUCAUCCCCGUCCUCCUCAUCAACUUCGAGUCGAUAUGGAGAAGAGCUGCACACCCUCUAUUCAGCGCAGUCACGGUGGCUGACACUGUCGGGACUGCGAGUCUUUGGGUCGUCAAUCUUGGUGGCCUGGAUCUACGUGUUUUACUCGCAUGGCAAAGAGACACUGGGCUUUUCAGGACUGGGGUUGCUGGCAAAUCGCGUUACCUUCACCUUGGCUCUGUCCGACAUGUUGUUCUGGGGCUAUCUAUGGACGGUGUUGAAAGACGAAGCGAGACAUGUGGCAAUUGGAGUGGCCAGGAAGAGAGAGGCUGAAGAAGAGUCAUGAGACCAAGAUUGAUAUGAUGCUGCCGCGUGUGAUACUACGCUAAGAUCUGUACAGAUAGAUCCAGGGGAAGCUCGUGAGUGGAUGAGAGUGAAAAAUGGCGGCAAAAAGCCUUGUGUCAUGUGUAUAAUAUUGUCCAUGUAAGAGAUCUGCGAUAAAGCUGCGCUAUUAGACCAUCGGCCUCAGUCUUGAGACCAUCUGAAUGUCAGGCAUACCAG